UGUAUGUUCACAACAGCAACAUCAGUCCAAACACAGAAGGACACAGAGAAGAAGAACUGGAGAACCUGAUGAUGCUUUAGACAGCAGAAAUCAGUAGACUCUUUAGAAUACCAAUGUGAAGAUGACUGGCCUGUGGUGGAAGACUACGCUGCUGGUCUUCUUCUUGUCCAGUGGAAACACUUGGGCUGCUGUAGACCAGACCUGGCUCACAAGUGUCGCUCAGGCCAUCAAGAAUGAGUAUGCACCAGACGACACCUUCAGUUUGGCUGUAAACAUCCCAGAGAACCAAGACCCAAAUGAUCUCCAGCCCAUCUUUCAGGAUGAUCCGGUCGACAAAGUGAGAGAAAGCGUGUCACAGGGUCAGGUGUAUCAGGGCACGAGGGUGGUCGCAGCAGGGACCCUAUCAUCUGUUUUUGACAAUAUACAACACCUCAAACAGAGUAGCUGGGGUAAUGUCCUCGUCAUCUAUUCCGAACAAUCUCCAUGUGGUCCUCAGUGUUCUAGCACAAAUCAAGAUGGAAUCACUGCUAAGAUUAAUGAUGUUAUUCAGAAUUGGAGUAGUUAUGCAUUUGUGUUUUCUAAAGCCCUUGAUAAUUCUGCUGCUGACAUUCCCCAAGCAGCAGAAUCCUUUAAAAACCUACAAAUUUCUCAACUUGGCCUCGACAAUGUAUUCCGCUGUUAUAAACCUGAUGAUGCUCCUUUUCAAUGCACUAGCUGUAAUUUGGAUGGAAACGUUACACCCUCUUGUGUUGCAAAUGUAGCCCCGUCAAAUCCAGAGAUGAAUGGGAAUGAUGUAGCAAACACAGGCCAACUAUCACAGACAGGCAGUGGGAAAUACGCAGCAGGAGGUGCAGUGAUCACUAGAGGCAGCAAAGUAAGAGAAGGACGCAAGCAAAGAAAAGGGAAAAAUGGUGUAAGACAGUCUAAAGCAAAACGAGGACGCAAGGGAAAAGGUAGAAAAGGGAGGAAGGGCAAGGGACGAGGGAAAGGUAGAAAAGGGAGGAAGGGCAAGAGACGAGGAAAAGGUAGAAAAGGCAAGAAUAAGACAUGGGGUAAGCGUAAAAGAGGUGGAAAACGCAAAAAAUGGGGCAAGCGCAGAGGCCUUGACUUUUAAUAGAACCUGUGCAGACCACAGCAGCCAAACGAACCACUUUGACACAAAAUAAUGCUCUAUGCUACAUAAAACAAUGCAUUGCUUGUUGUCGUUUUUUUAGAUUUUAGAUUUAGAUUCAACUUUAUUGUCAUUACACAUAAACAAAUACAUGGUAUCAAAAUGCAGCUUGGCAUCUAACCAGAAGUGCAAUCAGCGGGAAGUUCAGCAUGUACAGCAUGUACAUAAAUAUUCAGGAUAAAAUUAUUGGGUUCUUAUAAGUAUAUUCUACAGAUCAUAAUAAACAGAUUAUGCACAUAUUAUACAGGUGGAUAAUGGACAUAAUAUACAAAAACAGAUUCCGUUUUUGUCCCUUUUUGUAGAUUCUCCUGUCUAUAUGAGUCAAAAAGUUCUCAGACAAAUAUUAAAGACAAAGACUUGGUCAAAGACAGCUCUGGCAGUUCUACAAAGAAGGAAUCUACUGAUGGAAACAUAUGUAGCAAAUGUGUUUAGACUCUAAUGAAGCUUAUGUCGAAAAAUAAUUUUGUUAUUUUGAUAAAUAUAUUCAUGGUAGUUCUCGGUUCAACUGGACUGGUUUAGCUCUUAUGAAAACGUUUUGUCUCUCAUCCAAGAGUCGAAAUGUUUUCAAAAGAGCUAAACCA